AUGGAAACGGAGGAAUCUUCUCAAGAUGUCCAGCUUCAAAGUUUGAAGCAGUCAGAACUCGUCUUGGGAAAGAAGCCAAGAGGAGGGCCGGCUGUUAUCAUGAAUACUGUGUCACUCGGCUGGAAAUCAGAUUCUGGCCCGAUUCUGGAGAGUCUGGACUUUGAGGUUCAAGGUGGUCAGCUAGUGAUGCUCGUGGGGCCAGUUGCAUCCGGGAAAAGCACCCUCCUGCAGGGUCUCCUUGGCGAGUUACCUCACGUCACUGGAACGAUUGAGCUUUCUAGCCACCGUGUUUCCUGGUGCGGGCAGAGCCCCUGGCUGAUCAAUGAGACUAUUCGAAAGAACAUCAUUUGUUUCUCCGAAUUCGACGCACAUCUCUAUCGGCAGGUUCUGACGGCCUGCGACCUUGAAAAGGACCUCGCCCAACUCCCGGAAGGGGACCAGACAGUCAUCGGUAGCAAGGGCCUCGCAUUGAGCGGCGGCCAAAAGCAGCGCGUUGCUCUUGCUAGAGCUAUCUACUCGCGGCCGCGGAUCGCCUUGUUUGACAACAUCUUUAGCGGAUUGGACAAUAAAACUACUGACGCUAUGUUUCAGCGCGUAUUCAGUGCCGAACGAGGCAUCCUCAGAGCUUGGGGAACAUCAAUUGUCCUAGCCACCCAGUCAGGUAUAGCCCCCAACCACGAACAAGAAGGUCAGAAGUAG